AUAUAUGUACCAUUAUCUUUAAUUAACAUCAUUUUGCAAUAACCAUUUUUAUAAGUUAAAAAAAAGGGUGAAAAAUGUCAAUGAAGUUUGUUUUCGUUCUGUUCUUAGCUGUUACAUCAGUGAUGAAUAUUGUAACAGUUCAAAAUGUUGAAGGGAAACGUUUAUUACCUGAAGAAACUUCUCAAUUAUCUGUGUUGGAUCAUGAAGCUUCACCAUCAGUUGUCAUACCACAAGGUCAACAAUGCCCGAAACCGUGUCAUGUGCAAUGUUAUUUUCGCGAGAUCGGGUCUUUUUGUGUUUGUCUAUGCUAAAUUUCAGUUAAUCGAAUACAAAUAAGAUACUGUACGUUUUAUCAGUAAUAAAAAAUUAUUGGGCUUUUGUUUUAUCAGUACUAAUCAUAAACCUUCAAACAUAUAACAUAUUAUCAGUAA